AUGGGUAAAACUAAUUUCAAUUUUGAACAAAAAUUAUUUAAUGAAUGUUUAGAAACUGUAGAUAACUCUGUAAUUUUCGUUAAAUACAAUCCGGUUGCCCUCACUUGUGUCCUCCUUUACUUCACUACUAUUACUAUUACUACUACUACUACUACUACUACUACUACUACUACUACUACUACUACUACUACUACUACUACUACUACUACUACUACUACUACUACUACUACUACUACUACUACUACUACUACUACUACUACUACUACUACUACUACUACUACUACUACUACUACUACUACUACUACUACUACUACUACUACUACUACUACUACUACUACUACUACUACUACUACUACUACUACUACUACUACUACUACUACUACUACUACUACUACUACUACUACUACUACUACUACUACUACUACUACUACUACUACUACUACUACUACUACUACUACUACUACUACUACUACUACUACUACUACUACUACUACUACUACUACUACUACUACUACUAUUACUACAUCUGUCUUUCUACUGAUAAUUUUUAAUUUUUGUCAUUAG